AUGCCGAGCUGUGUCCCAGAGGAGGAGGAGGAGGAGGGAAAGGCCGAGUUUCGGGGUGCAGCAGGCAGAGCUCUGUGCCAGGGGCAGGGGCAGGCGGCGCGGGCAGUGCCUGGCAGCGCGGCGCCGGCCGCCCGCAUCCCCACCACAAAAUCCACGGCAAGGACGCUGGGCCGGCUCUGCCUCUCCCCACCGAGGCGGGGGGAGGACACGGGGACAUUGGUGACGCCCGGCACAACCUCCCCCAGCCCUGCCUGCCCAUCCCGCCCGGCACGCAGCCCCCCCGGCCCUGCCCCCGGGGCCACCGAGCCCCGAACGGCGCCGGGACCAACUUCUGAGCGGCACCGGCGGCUCCUUUGUUACUUUGCUUUUGUUGUCACACGCCGGCGCGUCCCCGUCCCCGUCGUCCCGUCACCGUGUCCCCCCCCACGUCCCUCCCACAGCCCCCCCCAGGCGGCGUCCCCGAGGUCAGGGCGCGACAUCUGCCAGCGCGACGGGGCGACGCCGCUACCGGCACCGGGGAGGGGACGCAGCGCCGAGGGCAUCUCCGGGGGCAUCUCCGGGGUACCCGCGCGGGGACACUCGGGGUGA